GAUAGUUCGUUCGAACGGGCGCUAAUUCUUUUUCAGGGAAACUUCAUUGAGGUCGAAACCAUCCUCGGCGAGCCGUUGAGAGAGGGAAGAGCACUUGGGGUUCCUAUGCCAACCCUGUCCGUGCUCUAUGAGCUUGGCCGUGCGAUACAGUGGGGAAGGAAGGAAAGUCGAGGCAUGGUCUCGAUUCCGCCAAAGCAGGUCCCUGGCGAUGUUUGAGGGGGGCACGCGCGUACACCAAACAUCACUGCUGGCCAGGUCAUAACCAUCAAACGAAAUUUCGUCGUCUGGCUCUCAGGAUGAACUUCAACCAAUAGGCGGAUCCGUCAAGACCCAUCGACUUGCAAUUCAUCAAUAAAAUUGCAUGUUUGUGUUCCGUGCUAACGGGGUCUUGCUAUUCUCUCUGACCAUUGUCUGCUCGCUUAUUGGCUGGUGGGAGCACGCUAGUAGGAAUUGGCGUUGGAUAGGCACGUCAAUGGGGACCCUGGUGGUCAAUAUUUUGACAGUUGCAAAUUGACAACCAAGAUGGGAUUUUGUUCAACUCAGCGGCCGAUUAUUUCACUUUAUCAUAUCUCUAGAG